ACUACUCUGUUCUGUGCAGUGCAAUUACUACUAUUUUUUCUGUGCAAAGUAUUAUUAGGUUAUUAUUUUCAAUGGAGACCCCAUUAUCCACCAGAACAGUACCGACACAUAACCCCUCCACCACAGUUUCCAGAAAGAUUGAAGAUUCUGGAAAAAACGUGUCAGCUUCAAAAUCAAGGGGGCAACAAUGGAAUUCAUCUGCAUUAAUAGACAUAACAAAUGAUUCCCCAAUUGUGGGACUCGCCAAUGGGGUAAUUCUUGAUACUCCAUUGGCGAAGCAGAGCGGAAGCAGAAUGAAGAACACGCCAGGGUCAGGGGAAGACUUGCUGAGGGGUCAAGUGAAGACCCUUUUGCUUAAAGUGGAAGAGGAAGUUGAGAUUACCAAGUUCUCGCUUGAAAGCUCGGAACUUCUUGCACCCAUUCCCGUCAAUGCGUCUGAAACUCAGAAUAUUUCUGGUUUGGCUUCAGUCACUCCUUCUGAUGUUUUCCAACAACCCCUUGUUCCUCAGGUGGUGGUGAAUCAAGAGAACUUUGAAUCUGAAAAGAGUGUGAUAAGCAGGUCCCUUUUACUUGACUUCUCAGACAAAUCACCAGAUUCAAAUGCGUCAGAAGAAUGUUUCUCUGAGCUGGUUAGUAGCUCCUUCACAGAUGAUGAUGAUGAUGAUUCUAUGUGGUCAAUGCAGACCAAUGCAAGCAUCCAAGAUGAAGAUGAGGGAAAAAUAGCUGAAGAUAAAGAAGAUUAUAUAGAGAACAUUAAAGGAGGGAUAGUACUUGAUGAACUCUGUGAAGGUUUGAACAGGAUUAACAUGAAUGAAGGAAUGGCUCCGAAGUUUGAAGGUAAACACACAAGGUUUAUAUACGACAGUGAUGAUAAUGAGAUUGUGAAAGAGGAGGUGGAAGAGAAAUGUGCUCAGAAUGAUUCUUCACCUAACAUACUGUGUUUGAAAGGAUUGCCAACCCCGAAAGGGAAACACUUGCGCUUUUAUGAUGACGAAGAAGAGGAGGGAAAAUCUUCUUUAUGAUUCUUGGAUGAACUUUUUUGGCAUAUUGGUGAAAUUUUACAAUGUGAAUGACAUUUAUAGGAAGAAGAGAAACUUUUGUUUUGAUUCUUGUUGUUUUGAUGGAGUAUUCUUUGGAUUUUAAUAUGGGAAAUUGAGAAGCUAGUUACCACACUUUAGUGGUCCAAACCCAAAGUAAAGUG